UGUAUUUUUGCAAAACGCUGAUUUUUCUUCUCUCAGAGAUUUUUGGGGCAACGGAGAAAUUGUUUUAGGGCUUUGUUGAUCAAACGUUGUCUCAGAUCUCUGCUAAAGGAAAAUCCUUUCUUACUAAAAUCUCCUUGUAGAUUCUUCAAUCUCCUCUUUUGAUCUCUUGGGAUUCUCUUCUGGUAAUCACAGUCGUUCUCGUUUCAAACCUUUUCCGAUAUUCAAAUCGAUCGUUGAAUCAAGCGGCGUUUACACCGACUUGGGUUCGGACGUUCCGGUGAAAAAGCUCGGUUCCACAGAUAAUUUGAAAUUAGGAGGUGAAAAGUUUGAAUUUUGUUGGGUGUUUUUAUCUGGUUUUGAUGAUGUUGACCCAACCUGUUGGGGUCUAAAGUGUUAUGGAAGUUGAAGAAGAUCAAAGAAAAAGAAGAUAAUGACGCUCUACAUUCGCCGCGAAGCUUCUAAGCUUUGGAAGAGAGUUUUCUCGGAAUUAACGACGGAGAUUGGUCUUCUCGUUGAGAACUGGAAAUACCUUCUUGCUGGUCUUCUCUGUCAGUAUAUUCAUGGUUUAGCUGCUAGGGGAGUUCAUUAUAUUCAUCGGCCAGGACCUACGCUUCAAGAUCUUGGUUUUUUUGUUCUUCCGGAGCUUGGUCAAGAUAAAGGCUACAUAAGUGAAACUGUGUUCACUUGUGUAUUUGUUUCGUUUGUCCUGUGGACUUUCCAUCCAUUCAUCAGGAAAAGCAAGAAGAUAUAUACUGUGUUGAUUUGGUGCAGAGUACUCGCCUUCUUAGUUGGUUGUCAGUUUCUCCGUGUAAUAACAUUCUAUUCGACUCAGCUUCCUGGUCCUAACUAUCACUGUCGAGAGGGUUCUGAGCUUGCCACGUUGCCACGGCCACAUAGCGUUCUUGAGGUGCUCUUGAUCAACUUUCCUCGCGGGGUGAUAUACGGAUGUGGAGAUUUGAUUUUUUCAUCGCAUAUGAUAUUCACACUAGUCUUUGUCCUCACUUACCAGAAAUACGGUUCUAAAAGGUUCAUAAAGCUGUUAGGUUGGGUCAUAGCUAUGUUGCAAAGCCUAUUGAUUAUCGCGUCGCGGAAACAUUACUCAGUCGAUGUUGUCGUCGCAUGGUAUACUGUGAACUUGGUUGUGUUCUUCCUCGACAAGAAAUUACCAGAAUUACCUGAUCGGACAUCGGUGCUACUCCCUGUGAGCUCGAAAGACAGAAUCAAAGAAGAGAAUCACAAACUCUUGAACGGGAAUGCAGUUGAUCCUGCAGAUUCAGGGCCAUGCUCAUGAUAUGACAAUGGAAACACUCGAGCCUUUGUGAAUAUAAUUUUUUUUUUUUUGUGAUAUAUUUUGAAAUUGAAAUUUUGUUAUAGUGAUAAACUUACUCUAAACUAUUAGACAUAAAUCCAAUUCAACAUAUAUAAAACAUCUUUCGUUUUUUUA